CCUGGUGUGUGUUGCUUCCGGCGAUUGGAUAAAUUGACGUUAGAGUGCAGGCAGGGGGGUGGCUGCUUCUUUGGUUGAUUGAGGGAACACAAAAUGGACAGUCAAGGAAGAAAAGUCGUGGUUUGUGACAAUGGAACCGGGUUUGUCAAGUGCGGCUAUGCAGGCUCCAACUUCCCCGAACACAUUUUCCCGGCGCUGGUUGGCCGACCAAUCAUCCGCUCCACAGCUAAAGUUGGCAACAUUGAAAUCAAGGACCUGAUGGUGGGGGAUGAGGCCAGCGAGCUGCGCUCCAUGUUGGAGGUGAACUACCCCAUGGAGAACGGCAUCGUCAGGAACUGGGACGACAUGAAGCACCUCUGGGACUACACCUUCGGGCCGGAGAAACUCAACGUCAACUCCCACGACUGCAAGAUCCUUCUGACCGAGCCGCCCAUGAACCCCACCAAGAACCGGGAGAAGAUCAUCGAGGUGAUGUUUGAAACGUACCAGUUCUCAGGAGUUUACAUCGCCAUCCAGGCCGUCCUCACCCUCUACGCUCAAGGUCUGCUCACCGGAGUGGUGGUCGACUCCGGCGACGGCGUCACUCACAUCUGUCCGGUUUACGAGGGCUUCUCGCUGCCCCACCUGACGCGGCGCCUCGACAUCGCAGGGAGGGACAUAACCCGCUACCUCAUCAAGCUGCUGCUGCUGCGCGGUUACGCCUUCAACCACUCUGCGGACUUUGAGACGGUGAGGAUGAUGAAGGAGAAGCUGUGCUACGUGGGCUACAACAUCGAGCAGGAGCAGAAGCUGGCGCUGGAGACGACGGUGCUGGUGGAGUCGUACACGCUGCCAGACGGCAGGUUGAUCAAGGUGGGAGGGGAGAGGUUCGAAGCCCCAGAGGCUUUGUUCCAGCCCCACCUCAUCAACGUGGAGGGGGUGGGCGUGGCCGAGCUGCUGUUCAACACCAUCCAGGCCGCAGAUAUCGACACCAGGUCCGAGUUCUACAAGCACAUCGUCCUGUCCGGAGGCUCCACCAUGUACCCGGGCCUGCCGUCCCGCCUGGAGCGCGAGCUGAAGCAGCUGUACCUGGAGCGCGUGCUGAAGGGAGACGUCGACAAGCUGUCGAAAUUCAAGAUCAGGAUAGAGGACCCCCCCCGGCGUAAACACAUGGUGUUCCUGGGCGGCGCCGUGCUGGCCGACAUCAUGAAGGACAAGGACAACUUCUGGAUGACGCGGGAGGAGUACCAGGAGAAAGGCACCCGGGUGCUGGAGAAGCUGGGAGUCACCGUCAGAUAAAACGCAAACAAACAAAAAAAAAAAAACACUUCCAUCCCCCCCACCCCACCCCCCCCCUCGCCUGAUAUCCAUGCACCGCUUACCUCGACGUGGUCGCGCUGUCGUCGAUUUAGGCUCAUUUUGAAAAGCAAAGGGGGGGGGGGGGGGGGGGGGUGUUCCGAGGCUUCAUGGGGAGGGAGCUACUGGAGGUCUUCAAUAUUUGUGCCGCGACUCAAAAGCGACAAAAUCAGUACAAUUACUCCAUUUAAAGGAAAAGUGCAACGUUUUUUGGAAAAGUUUUUCUUUUUUGGCCAGAGUUUGAAAACAAGAGUGAAACCAGUCUCUUGCAUCUGUGCAACUCCACAGACAUCAGAGUGGUAUUGAUCUUGUUCCAGACUCUUGCCAAGGACGAGAAUAAGUAUUUUCCAAAAUGGUUUCAUAAUUUUAAAUCUACAAUCGCCUUCAAUGACUUUAUUAAUGCAGGCUGGUCAACGUCCAAUUGGUUAUUAUUUAGUUUUAGGAGCUGGGCCAGAUGGAGCUGCUGAGAAGUCAAAGAUCACAACAACAAUAAUUAUUAUUAUUAGCGGCACCGUUUGAGUUCCUUUUAAAAAAAAUUCCUGCUACACAACAAAGAAUAAUAAUAAUAAUAACGUGCCGACUAAUCCGUCAAAAGCGAUGCAGGCCCUAAAGAAGUGGAGCAUCACAGAGAUUAGAUGAUCAUCACAUACUGUGUCUUCUUAACAAUCAUCCAACGUUCUGCCUCCAGAGUCGUGACCUGGAGGAGCAGGAGGGCAGAUGCUUUCUUUUCCCUUUUUUUUUUUUUUUUUGACUUGGCAGCUCGUUUGUCUUUUGUGGGACAUUCGCUUGCUUGUUGAGCGCAGAAGUUUGUAUCUUCCACAAAAUUUCAAACUCAAGACGAGGGAAGGUCUUUUUUUUUUCUCCUGCUUUUCUUCUGGUUUGAUUUGUGGUGGAGUUUAGUAUUUGGAAACUUACCAGCUGAGGCGUUCGAUGGGUUUGAUCCGUGUCCUGUUUACAGCCAGCAAAUAAACCGUCGCGAGGGGGGGGGGGGGGCGGCGGCUUCCGUUAGCGGUCACAUGGCGUGGGGGGGUCAUUCGUCACGGUGCUGUGAUUCAGCGUUCUGCCACCGGGGGCAGCACCGGGCACACGGCCGCCGAGCAGAACUCCAGUCCGACAAAAUUGCGGUUUGAACCUAAAAUGAGUGAGUGAAUGGACUGAUUCCUGCAGGAUGGAUGUGACCACGACCACAUGUGUGUUUGAGUGCAUGUGUUGCAGAUGUAUUCUGACCUUCUUUCAUCUAUAAUCCCGGCGGUGUGAAACGGACCUGAGAGCAAACAAAAAACAGUUCUUUUGUCUUUUUUUUUUUUUAUUUGCUCUCAGGGUCCGUUCGACACCAGCGGGGUUGUGGCUGAAAGAAUCAGAAUACACAUCAACACACACACACACACACACGUGCUGCAGUGACUUAAUGGAUCCGUUCACUCACACGUUCUCUUCUAAACGGCUACUUCCAGCCCGAAUCACGCGUUUAACUUGACCCGAUGCUACAGUCCUCCGUUUCUCCGCCGACGAGCGGCGGCUCACCGGGCUGAUGGCGGCGAGCGGGUCACGUGACCCCCCCCCCCCCCCCCCCGAGGACGCUCUGAACCCCGCCCCGCGCUCGGUCCUGGGUCGUAGUCAUUUCUUUUGUGCCAAUAAGGCCGCGAGCUUUAAACUCCACAGACGCUUCUUUUCCUCUUUAUUUUUUAAUUUUUUUUUUAAAGCUGCGUUUUGUGAGACGGGAAACGCGUCGUCUUUUAAGAAAUAAAUGUCCAAAAGAAAUAAUUCCACGUGCUGUUGACGGAGCGAAAGGAGGUGUGGAGCAAUCUCAUUGGUUGAGAGGAACGCAGGUGCUUAAAGGAGCCGAUGAGAAUGAAGCUUAUUGAUAAUAAUACGAUGGAAGCGAGCGUUAUAGAUCAAACACUUUCAUUAGGCUGCUCUCUCCCAAAACGAGUGAACAAAUAAUAAUGUAUAACACGUAUACAACAGUUAAGAGUGAAACGUCUCUUCAACCAAUGACAUCGUUCGGGGAUGUUUGCCUAAAACAUUUAAUCUGCUAAAAUAUUUAGAAAAACUUGAAUUCCUCUCAUCCUGAAUCAGAUGUUAUUUUUCCGUAUUCGUCGUGACCCCCCCCCCCCCCCCCCCCCCCCCUCCUCCUCCUCCUCCUCGGCUGUACUGAAGAUGAAUCUGGGGGCUUCAGGAGAAGGUGAUUUGUGUCACUGAAAUAUUUGUAAUGUUAAUAAGAAUCUGGUGUCAGGAAACGGAGACCACGUAAAAAGCUGGUAUUUGUGGUUCCUCCGUCUCGGUUCUUCUGUGUAUAUUGGAGGCACUUGGCUCACACAUAUAAAUAUAAAUGUAUACGUUCCUCUCGACAAACACCGCGGUCUUCAAGUGCCGAGUUCACUUACUCUUGCUGUAUUUUUUUUAUUUUUAUUUUUUUUUCUUUUGCUCGUCCUCUUUUAUGUUUAGUUUGUAGCAUAACUGCCAACCGCUGAUUUAAAUAAAGCAAAUGAUUUAUAGAC